AUGCAGGACAAGAAAUCUAAACAAAAUGUUGGUUUUUCUGAAAGAACCGACAAUUGUUCUCCUUCCGUUCUGGAGUCUAUCGUGGAUCCUUCCAGCGAGUUGGAAGGUCUAUUGGGUCCGCCACCUGACAACAUGUUCGAUACCCCGUUGUCAGAUGGGGUAGAGACGGAUGCGCAUGAAGUUGAGAGGCUCAGAAUUCGGAUAUGGCACGAUAUCAUCCGACUGAAGCACUUGAACGAGCCUCACAAGUGUAAGAUAAUCCAGCAAAGCAGUGCAUCCUUGCUAGAUUACUCGCAAGAACAGUCACGGAGGAAGAAGCUGGCCCAGAACCAGGAGAAGAUAAUGAAUGAGAUGCGGGAGUUGGCGGAAGAGGGCCUCGCUCAAGGAUUCGUCUACGGGAUUGUACCCUACAAAGGAAAGCCAGUCAGUGGAGCCUCUAAUAACCUUCUUAAAUGGUGGAAGGAAAUCGUUCGCUUCCGUCAGAACGGUCCCGCUGCAAUCAGAGAGUAUCAGACGGACAGUUCGACCCACUUCGUUGGCAAGGAGAACCCCUCGGAGUUCUCCGUGCCUGGUUCACUGCAGGAACUGCAGGACACCACCUUGGGUUCGCUUUUAUCCGCCUUGAUGCCAUACUGUGACCCUCCUCAGCGGAGGUUCCCUCUGGAGAAGGGCAUUCCACCACCGUGGUGGCCCAACAUGUCGGAGGAGUGGUGGCGGGAGAUGGGCAUGCCCAAGGAUCCAAGUCCUCCACCCUACAAGAAGCCGCAUGACCUAAAGAAGGCAUGGAAAGUAAGUGUCUUGAUCGCGAUCAUCAAGCACUUGAUGCCGGAUAUAGAGAAGAUCCAACGGCUCAUCGAGAAGUCGAAAGGCCUCCAAGACAAGAUUACGGCGAAAGAAGUCGACAUAAUGAACGCUAUUCUUAAGCAUGAACUGAACAAAUACUUCGGGCUCCAACAUAAUGCUCCGCCUCCUCCAUCGAUGGAGAGGAAAAGCUACGGCGAGACUAUGGGGGAUGCAUCCAGUAUUUCCGGUAUCGUUGAGCAGCCUAUCUCGGAGGCCAUGCAAGAGGAAUCCAUGAACGUGACGCAGUACUUAGCCAUGGAUGUGAACAUGUUUACGAGACGGAACCUUCCAAACUAUGAACUUGGACCUCAAGAUCAACCUCGAGGUAGUAUUCACCAAGAUAACUUGGGACAUAUUCGUCAUUCUGUAGCUUCAGCUUCUCAUGGCAAUCAGCCAUUGGCAAAUCCGUAUGGUUCCUAUUUGCCUAUGGUGGCCGAUAACCCUGACCUUCCGAGUGGAGGAAUUGAGAUGAGCCAUCAAGGAACUUCCAGUUCUGGUAUGAAUCUCUUUCAGACAAGACUAAAUCAGGACCAAACUCUUAUCCCGGAAGCGAUGGAGGUGGAAAUAGAUCCUCUAUUUCCAAGUUCAGCUCAAGAAGAUGCGAUGGGGACAAGCAUCACUAGAGAACUUGCCAACUUAGUGCAAUCUCAAAUCUUCCCUAGUGAUGAGACAGUAUUAUUUGAAUCUAUCUUCGAAAAUGAUCUUGACAUCGGUUCCGCUUCUUGCUUCUCAAUAAUGGACCGAUCUAGUCGACUACCAGAUUCAUUUCAUGAACUGGAUGAAUAUGACUGGUCCAAAGAUUUCGGGAACUGA